AAUUAGAGCCAAAUUAGUCCAAAAAAGGCUAGCUUGUUGCUCAAUAACUAGCUGAACUCCUAAAUAGCCAAAAUUCCUCAGUGACUAAAUUAGUCAAAAAAAUUAGUUAUUAAUGUUGCUAAAACAAUAGCUCACCUCUAAUUUUUUGAAAAUUGCUAUUUUGUUUUUCUUCAGCCAGAGAGCCACCAUGGAGAGUUAAAAGAGCCACAUGUGGCUCUGGAGCCGCAGGUUGCUGACCUCUGAUCUAAUAGAAUUGAACCCUGUUGCUGUAACACUGAGCUGUUUUAUUUUUUUCUCAUUUUGCAUUUGUAUUUUUGUUUCAAUUAUUAUUUUUUUAAUCUAAAUUAGUAUUUAAGUAAUAAUAUGAAGGCAUCUUUUGAUACUGGAGGACUAUGGGGUCAAAACAGAAUCACUUUGUAGACGCGCCGUUGAUAUCUGAAAAACACACGCUCUUUGAAACACACGCUCUUCGAUGUACUUUAACUGCUCAACUAUCCGUGCGAUUGUGUGAAUCCGCUGAUUCAGACGUUACUAUGUGUCACACAAUGGUGCAAAGCAAGUUUUUUUCCGCUUCAGAAUCGACUGGAAUUAUAUUAAUUUUGUAAACAGUUAAAGAGCUACGAAUGUAAUGUAAACACUGCAGCUAAAGCUUUGGCGUUAAAGGGUUAAAGUGAAAUAAAAUCUAGCUUAUAAAUUAAAAAAAUAAUGUUUUUACAAUAGAGUAUUAAGACAAGAGGAUAAAAUGUUUUUUAAAUUAUGACUUUAAAGUCUUAAAUUUAUGAGGAAGAAAGUUAUAACUGUUAAAUUUCGUAAAUAAAGUCGUUUGUUUGUGACUUUAAAAGUCAUAGGGUAAAUUUGUGACUUUUUUCUUGUUAAUGUACACGUUUUAAAGUCGUAAAUGUAUUAUUAUAAAAGUUGUAAAUCUAGGACUUUAAAACAGGUAAAUACACGAGAAAAAAAGGGUCAUGAAUUUAUGACUUUGCAUUUUGUAUUAUAACUUUUUAUUUUGGUGGUCCUAAUACUCUGUAAGUUUUCACUGUAUCAAAGGGAAUAUAAAUUAGGAAAAAAACUUGAAUGUAAAAAUAUGUCAAACCUAAGACUUUAACUGAUGAAAACAUGUUUAUUUGAAAAAGGUGCUGUUUUGUAUUUUCAUUUUUUUGUUGCUCUUCUUCACUUUCUUAAAAUACAGAUUUAUUUUGGAGUUUAGUCAAAUUUUACAUGCGGGCGGGACUUUGAACCCAUUGGGUCAAGUUAUAUUUAAACAUAGGACCCCUUUAUUUUGCAGCACCUUCAAAAUUCUUGCAUCCAUUGAACUUUUUAGAGUUUCUGCUUGAAUUUCUUUGCUCAGAAUAGCCUCCCAGAACCGCUGUCUGGAUGUGAACUGGCUCCACCCCCUUUGCUUGUGGAUGCUUCAAAGGUUCUCAAGAUCUUCUGAGUCAUCAAUUUACGCCCCCACAGCAGAAAAGUGGUCAGUUAGAAAAUCCAAAGACUAUUUUGAGGUCGUUUUCACACCUUCAGGGACCAUAAACAGGCCAACCAGCCCAAACCAUGACUCUACCACCUCCGUGCUGACGUCACAGCCUUGUUGGGACAUGGUGGGCAUCCACCAACACCCACUACUCCAUCCAUCUGGACCAUCCAGGGUUGACUAAUCAUCAGUGAACCAGACUGUUUAAAAAUGAGUUUUCACUGCAGCGGUUUCUGCUCGUGAGUGUUGUUUAAGGGGAGUCCAAUAGAAGAUUUACAUCUGGAGGAUCCUACGCUUUGAUGAUGGUGGACUCCAGAGACUCCAGCAUGCUGCUGUAAUCUGAUGGAUUUGUCUGGCAGAAACCUUCCUCCAUCUGCCUUUAUAUGCACCAGCCUGUGUGUCUGAAUCAGCCAGUAUGAUGACCUUACAUUUUUGUGAAAUAUCCAAAGUUUAACCAUUUCGGGCUUUUCCAUAACAGAUAGAUCCUUUUUCUUUCUCAUAGUGUUUGAAAGAGUUACUUAAGAAUGUGAAGCGUCUUUCUUUAGUAGUUUUUCCUUUAACUGAACUCACCUGGUCAUCUAAUUAUCACAGGUGUCUUAGAUUAAUGUCAGUCAUCCAAAGAGUCCUGAGACACAAUAUCAUCUGUGAGUUUAACUGAAAAACUAACCAUUUUAGCGUAAUGAGACUUAAAAACACUUUGUAGGGGUGGCAUCCGUAAAUACUGGGUUGCUAAGCAACUUUUAAAAUGCACUUUUGGUUGGAGAAAGAAAUGCGUACUCACUCAUCAACGUGAGACCUGAGGAAACUUGUUGCUCUGGAUGAACAGCUUUACAGAGACUGUAGUUUUAAACUGAAAUGUGUUUAUUCUGUGUGAAAAAAUACAAAGAUUCUGUUUAUCACAUUUCUGUGUUACUAGAAUGUGUCCUGCAGAUUUUUCUUUUAGGGUUUUCUUUAGCAGAUUCAAGGUUUUCUUUCACUACUUUCAGUUUCUAUCUUCUAAUCUUGUUAAUUGACGGCAGCCGCCAGUCUGCCGGUGGAUCCUCCUCAGUGUUUACCCGGGGCUGGGUUGUUGACUCUGCCACCGAGUGUGUGCAUCCUGGUCACAAGGCCUCCAGUCUGCACGCACAAACACUCAGUUAUGACUACUUCACGCUUCAAGCUUCUGCAUAGAUGCUCAUAACUGCUGCUACAAUGACUUAAGCUGCAUACGAGAUCCAGUUGCUGGAGGUGACGAGUUCCUCCGACCAACUAUGGACCCCAAACCCAGAAAGGGGAAGAAGAAGCUGUUUGGGCUGAAGAAGAAGAAGAAGGCCGAUGCAGACCUGGUGCUGGUGAAUGAAGGAGCAGUGGAAAAUGCAGGGAAAGAUCCGUCUGACGGUUCUGUGCUGCAGCUGGAAGAAAACACUGAGGAGCAACCGCCAGUCAGAACCAGAACAAUCCCAAACGACAAAAGGGCAAAGCUGAACACUCACAUCCAGGACAGCGAGGGAAAGCCGCAGAGCUUCCAGAUCGCCGUCAACAUCACAGAAGCCAGACAGCUGGUGGGGGAGAACAUCGACCCCAGUGUGGUGAUCGAGAUCGGAGACGAGAAGAAGCAAACGUCGGUCAAAGAAGGAACCAACGCUCCUUUUUAUAAUGAGUACUUCCUGUUUGACUUCUUCGCCCAUAAGGAGAUCUUCUUCGACAAAGUCAUCAAGCUGACGGUGGUUCACUCAAAGAUGCUGAGGACUUCCUGUGUUGGCUCCUUCAAGCUGGACGUGUGGACGGUCUACAAACAGCCAGGUCAUCAGUUCAUCAACAAGUGGGCGAUGCUCACCAACCCCGGGGAUGUCAGCACUGGGGUCAAAGGUUAUGUCAAGUGUGACAUCAGUGUCUCUGCAAAGGGGGACAGCAUACAGCCCGGGUCCAAAGCAAGUGACGCUGAAGAGCAGAUAGACAAGAAUCUGCUGAUUCCAGAAGGGUUUCCUUCAGAACGACCGCUGGCUCGCUUCUGCGUGAAGGUUUACCGAGCCGAGGGUCUCCCGCGGAACAACUCCAGCAUCAUGGCCAACGUGACCAAGGCCUUCAUCGGAGACAACACGGCGCUCAUAGACCCAUAUGUCGUGGUCAGCUUCUUCAAACAAGUGGGCCGCACGUCCACUCAGAGGUCCACGGCAGACCCAGUGUGGAACGAGCAGAUCGUCUUCACUGAGAUGUUUCCUCCUCUGUGUCAGAGGCUGAAGAUCCAGGUCUGGGAUGAAGGAAGCAUGAGUGAUGUUGCCAUAGGAACUCAUUACUUUGACCUGAGGCGCAUCUCUAACGAGCAGGAUGGAGACAAAGGCUUUUUACCAACAUUUGGACCCGCUUGGAUCAACCUGUACGGCUCUGCCAGGAACUUCUCUCUGGGUGACGACACAGGAGAGCUGAACGAGGGGAUCGGAGAAGGCGUUUCUUACAGAGGUCGGGUCUACCUGGAGCUGGUGGUAGAGAUCCUGUCAGGUGGACCGACGGAGUCUAAGCUCAGCGGAAUCAUGAAAGCCAUGAAGGACCCCAAAGGAGGUAAAGGAGGAGGGAAAGAUGGGAAGACUCCUGCAGGAGGAGGAGGAGGAGGUGCAGCGGGAGGAGCAGCGGAUGAAGCUAAAGCUGCAGCAGCCGAGGUUCUGCCCACGGAACCGCCUCCGGAAAUCUCCGAUGAGGACAGCUUCCUGCUGUUCGGCGCUCUCUUAGAAGCCACCAUGAUUGACAGGAAGAUCGGAGACAAGCCCAUCACCUUUGAGUUCUCUUUGGGUAACUAUGGAAACGUCCUGGAGCCUGCAGCUCAGCAGGCCGCUUCCAGUCCGGCCGUCUCUCACCGGAGAAGAGCGCUGGACUUCCCAGAUGCCGGCGACACGCUCAUGCCCCCCUCUAUGAGCUCCUCCCCCAGCUGCCCCUCCUCACCCCUCCUACCCAGAGACUCCUCCAGCCACAACGCCAGCUCCAAGUCCACCACGCCUCCGGAACGCCCCGUCAUCGUCGAUGGAAACAAGUACUACAUGUAUUUGCCUCUGGAGCAGCAGAAGCCGUGUGUUCAUGUUCUGAGCUACUGGGAGGACAAAACCUAUCGACUGCACAACUCCAACAUGCUGGAAAACAUGGCCGUUCUGUUUGAGGAAGGCGUUUCCACGGCGGCGCAGGCCUACAAAAAGUCUGACGUGGCGGCGGAGUCCAUCCUCAGAACGGCGCUCACAGAUUUCUGCUGGGAUGCCAGGAGUUUCAUCGCUUUGGCAGAAACCAAACUGAAGGCAGAGAUGAAGUCCAGCAAACUGACGCAGCUGGACAAGAAACGUCUGACCAUGUGCAAACAGGAGCUGGAGAGUAUGGUCGGAGAGGCGGAGUCCCUGGAUGACCGGAGGAGGAAAGCCGGAGGAAUGAAAGAGAAGCUGCAGGAUGCGACUAAACUGACUCAGAAGUUACGUUUUCUCGUUGAGGAGCCUCAGCACACGGUCCCAGACCUCUUCGUUUGGUUGCUAAGCAACAACAAGCGCGUGGCGUACGCCCGCGUUCGAACAAGAGACCUGCUGUUCUCUAGCAACCGAGAGGCACGAGGAAUCCUCUGUGGGAAGAUCCUGACUCUCUUCCUGAAGCCUCCAGGGAAACGCACCAUCGGGUUGACGGUCCAGGCCAAGCUGGAUGUGUUCCUUUGGUUCGGGUCCUGUUCGGACUCCGCCCACAUGCUGGACGACCUCCCGGCGGGGUUCAGACCAGCCUCGGCGGAGGAGAGCGGCCUGCCGUCGUACCUGGCUAGUACAGAGAAACACGAGUUCCAGCUGAGGUGUCACAUGUACCAGGCCCGCGGCCUGAUCGCUGCAGACAACACGGGUCUGUCGGACCCUUUCGCCCGGGUCACCUUCCUCUCCAACAGUCAAACCACCAACAUCAUCAACCAGACCCUCAGCCCCACGUGGAACCAGUGUUUGCAGAUGAUGAACCUGCAGGUGGGCGGAGACCUGCGGCUCAUCAGGGAGGAGCCUCCGCGGGUCGUCGUGGAGGUUUACGACGACGAUGCUCUGGGGAAGGCCGAGUAUCUCGGGUCCACCGUGGCGGUUCCGGAGGUCCAGCUGUCCUCGGAACCGUACUCUCCUCCCACGCUGCAGUACAGCCCUCUGCACUGCGGCAGCCUGUCAGGAGGAGACCUGCUGGCUGCUUUCGAGCUGCUGCAGAUCUCAGAGUCUGGACAGCAGAACAUUCCAGCUUUAGAGGAGAGGGAAGGAGGGAUCUUCCCGGUUCCGGCCAACAUCAGACCCGUCCUCAGCACCUACAGGCUGGAGGUGCUGUUUUGGGGUCUGAGGGAGCUGAAGAAGGUGCAGCUCCUGUCAGUAGAUCGUCCACAGGUGUUCAUCGAGUGCGCGGGCAAAACGCUGCGAUCUUCUGUCAUUCAGAAAUACAAGUCCAACCCAAACUUCACCACGCUGGUGGACGCCAUGGAGCUGGAGCUGCCGGAGAACGAACACCUCCAUCCUCCUCUCAGCAUCACCGUGGUGGACUGGCGAGCGUUUGGCCGCAGCACUCUCGUUGGAAACCACAUCAUCAACAACCUGAAAGCCUUCAAAUACACUCCGCCCCCGGUCGCCCCGUCCUCCAUGAGGACGCACCAACCCCCCGAGGUCCCACAAGGAGCUGGACCCAGCUCCAUGCCGGAGACGCUGCUCCACGAAGGACUGUCCGAGUUUGAUGGAGAAACCAGUUCAGUCACGACGCUAACCAACCAGGAUUUCCUCGUCACUGUGGAGAGUGAAGCCCCGCCCCCACCGCCAGAGGAGCCCAGGAAGAAAAGGGAGAGCAGCAGGAAGAGCAUCCAUCGCUCCACCAAGCGGCGCAAACGGACCAUCGCAGACGAAUCUGCAGAGAACGUCAUCGACUGGUGGUCCAAGUACUACGCCUCUGUGGAGAAGGAGGAGAAGACCAAGGACGAAUCGCCUUUCCCGGGCAUCUUUGAGAAAUCUUCGCCGUACUGCAGCUUGCUCAGCGAUGGAGUGGACUCUCUGGUCAGCAGCCAGGAUGGAGACAAGAAAAAACACCAGAAAGGAAAAGUGGAGCCCGGUUCUGGUCUGUGUGCUAAACUGGCCACGCUUAAGCUCUACAACAGGGAGCUGGAGGCCGACUUCGGGCAGUUUGAUGACUGGGUGAACACAUACGAGCUUUUCCGCGGGAAAGCCAACGAGGAAGAGGGAUCGUCCGACGAGAGGUUUGUCGGGAAGUUUAAGGCUCGGUUCUGCCUCUACAAGCUCACUGAGGAGGCGGAGGAGUGGGGUGAGGGGUCAGACGCAGGGUUCUUCAGAGUCAGCAGAGGAAUCCCAGCCAACAGUCCGGUCCAAGUCCUCAUACGGGUCUACAUCGUCUCGGCUUCGAACCUUCACCCGGCCGACCCAGACGGGAAGGCAGACCCUUACAUCGUCCUCCGUCUCGGCAAAAACGAAAUCAAAGACCGAGACAACUACAUUCCCAAACAGCUGAACCCGGUUUUUGGAAGGUCUUUUGAGAUGCAGGCCACGUUUCCUCAGGAGUCUCUGCUGUCGGUGGUGAUCUACGACUUUGACCUGGUGGGAGGCGACGACCUGAUCGGCGAAACUCGCAUCGACUUGGAGAAUCGCUUUUACAGCCGACACAGAGCCACCUGUGGACUCCCCACAGAGUACAGCCUAGAGGGCUACAACGCCUGGAGGGACAGCCUGAAGCCGUCAGAGCUGCUGUCAAAGAUGUGCAGGGAGAACGGUCUGGAGGCUCCUCACUUCAGUCCUGGACGGAUCACGGUGGCCGACAAAGUCUUUACCGGAAAAACGCUCUACAUGCAUGAAGCCGGUGGAGUCCUACGAACACCUGUCUCUGAAGAUUCUGCACCGCUGGUCAGAAAUCCCAGCUGUGGGCUGCAAACUGGUACCAGAACACAUCGAGACCAGAACUCUAUUCAACAAGGCCCGGCCCGGCAUGGAUCAGGGUCAGGUCCAGAUGUGGGUCGACAUGUUCCCCAUGGACCUGCCACAUCCAGGACCUCCAGUCGACAUUUCUCCUCGGAAACCAAAAGGGUACGAGCUGCGCAUCGUCAUCUGGAACACGGAGGACGUGAUCCUGGAGGACAGCAACUUCCUGACGGUUGGCUGAAAGGUUUGGAGGACGACCGCCAGGAGACGGACGUCCACUACAACUCUCUGACCGGAGAAGGAAACUUCAACUGGCGCUUCGUGUUCCCCUUCAGCUACAUGCCUGCAGAGAAGGUCAUAGUGGUGAGGAAGAGGGAGAACAUCUUCUCUCUGGAUAAGACCGAGCAGAAGCUCCCCGCCAUCCUCAUCCUGCAGGUCUGGGACUUCGAGACGCUGUCGUCAGACGACUUCCUCGGAACGCUGGAGCUGGACCUCCACGGAUUUCCUCACGGAGCGAAAACGGCAAAGGCGUGUAAGGCGGAGAUGCUGGCGGAGAGGACGGAGAGAAUCUCCAUCUUUCAGCAGAAGAGAGCUAGAGGCUGGUGGCCUUUCAGCAAGUCUGGAGAGCUCACGGGGAAAGUGGAGGCGGAGUUUCACCUGGUGACAGCUGAGGAAGCUGAGAAGAAUCCAGUUGGCAAAGCGAGGAAGGAGCCGGAGCCGCUUCCAAAGCCAAACCGUCCGGACACAUCCUUCUCCUGGUUCAUGAAUCCAUUCAAGUGUUUCUUCCACCUGGUGUGGCGGAACUACAAGAAGUACAUCAUCACGGCCCUUAUCCUCUUCAUCCUGGCGCUCUUCCUCGCCCUGCUCUUUUACACUCUGCCGGGGGCGAUCUCUCAGAAGAUAAUGAACGGAUGACGGAGACAAUAAAAGCACCGACUCAGCUGGGAAUCGCAGCACCAAAAGGAACCAAUGAAAUCUACUUCUGACAGAAACAUUAAUUACAUUAUUAACCGACAAACGUUUCUUCAAGCUGGCAUAAUUGCAUUUCAGUCAAGAAACAUUUUCAGAUUUGACUGAACUUUGUGUCUCCCGAUUUUAAAUAAAGUUCCUUUGGAUUUUUCUGAA